AUGAGACCACGAGCAAUUGCUUCACAUUUUUUUAGUGAACAACGCGCUCGUGAUUACUAUGCCAAUCUGACUCAACAUGGACCACGAGUGAUCAAUACUCGAAUUGAUUAUCUCACGCGUGAUUUUCUCAUUUCACAAAUUCAUCGAAUUCAUUCUACAGCAACGGCAACUGUCCAAUUCAAUCUCAGUCUACAAAAUUUCAUGACCCAUGAUAUUGAUCAAUUGCAAAAUAUUGCUGUUCGUAUUUCGAAUCCAUCAUCACAACCAGAUACACCAUGUCUUAUGCUAGCUGCUCACUAUGACUCUGGUACUUUUAAAUAG